UUGAAAGAAUGCACUGAGGAAUGAUGUAUUCACAUCAGUAGUGUAGAAGAGUUCGUUAUUUGAUUGACAAGUCUAUCUCCUUUAGCCUCGCAGGGGCCUUGUUACUGCGAUAUUCUUCCCUCGUGUCUUCUUCCUUCAGUCGCCAUUUUGUUUGGGUAAGGUGGGUCGUUUUUAAGGUGAUUGACUGAAAUGCUAAACGUCAAAGUGCAGUGUUCCAAAUGGGAAUGCCUUCUUUGCAACAGGAGCUUCACUUCGAAGUUCUGCUAUGUUUUGCAUUGCAAAAAUGUGCACAAGGAAGAGAAGAGGCAACCGCUGGUUGAAUUCGAUGGUAGGCCAUUUUAUGGCACCAAUGAGAGACAGGAACAACCUGAAAAGGACUCUCUCAACAACGAGGGCUCCAACGUUCAGCAAGGUGAAAGUACUGUUGCGGCAGAGGAAGAUGAAUCGGUACAGAAAGACAACGGGCAGCUUCAUACAUGUUUAGUUUGCAAAAAGUCGUUUACAAAAGUGGCUCGUUUAGUCUCUCACCAAAGGCUACAUUUGUCAAAACAAAAGGCCAAGCGAGUGAAAGAUAGGCAGAACUGUCAGAUCUCAGCUGACAAAGUUAUUGCCAAGAGUCUAAACAAAAAAGUCUUUCCAAACCAAAAGUUUUUAAACUUUUUGCCAGUACAACAAGAAAAGCCUGAAGUUGACAUUGGGGACCAGGUUUUGCCUGAUGCCAGUAAGACAAACAAAGAUGAUCAUAUUUAUGUUGUUGGGAGUUCUGAUUUAAAUGGAGAACAUGCCGGUCUGCAGAAGCCCUUGAACAUGAAUAUUGUGAUAAGGCUAGCAGAAGAUAAAGUGAUACAACAUGGAAAAGGAGGUCUUUGUAUAAGCACUGGUGACCAGAAUCCUGAGGUGGCAAUCACUAGCAGUGCAUAUGUUAAAACAUUUCCUCUAUCCAGAAAACGUGGAAGGCCAAAGAAGGAACAAAGUGAAGGCAUGGAGGAGGCAGCGGGUACUGAAUUUGAAGAGCAGUUAGUGGAGCAAACAUUAGUUUUCCCAGAAGUUCCAGCAGAGGUACGUUCAGGUAAAAAGCGAUCUGGUGCAAGGAAGAAAUCGCGUGAAUGUGAUGUCUGCAACAAAGUCUUUGCAAAUCGUAGCAGUCUACGGGAGCAUCAACGUAUGCACUCCGGAGAGAAACCAUACAUAUGUUCGAUUUGUGAUAAAGGGUUUAUUCGCAUGGGACACCUGAGGCAGCAUAUGUGCUCUCAUACUGGUCUGUGGCCAUUCAAAUGUGGUGCAUGUGGCAAAGGUUUCAUGAAUCCGAGUCGUGUGACACGUCAUAUGAGGGUUCAUAAUGAUGAGAGACCGUGCGUCUGCGACCAGUGUGGAGAAACAUUUAAGGAGCCCCACCAUCUUUCGAGGCAUAUGCACCUUCACAGUGGCUUAAAACCAUUUAAGUGCCCGAUUUGCGAAGACCGGUAUUUCAUACAGGCUGGUAAUUUGAAGAUCCACAUGAAGACACACGAAAGAGAAAUGGCAGACUCGAAGAUCACAAUUUGUGAUGUUUCACAUGAAGUAUCACUCACAUCCACAAACCAAUCAGCAGAUGAAGAGUUGUCAGGUGCUACUGAAGAAAGUGAGACAGCUAUAGAAGAGUUGCUGAUAUCAUCUGACGGAAAAUGUGAUGCUAAAGAUGGUGAGUCGUCUGAUCCAAAUUCAAAGGAAGCUUCGAUUGAAACGGGAAAGGCUGCUGCAAAUGAAGAUGGAGACUUGAUGCCCAAUCUUGUAAGAACAAAUGAAAAAACAAACGAACCUAAUGAAACUGCGGUGGAAUCUAGUGGAGAGGUUUUAGAUCCAGGGUCAUCAGAAUUGGCACAGAAUUUAGUAGGCAGUCAAAUCGUGUUACAGAUUGUACAAAGUGAAGAUCAAGAUUUCCAAGUACAAGGUUUUCAAGCAUUAACAUCUUUAGAUCCCGAGUUGUUACGGCAGCUGGCAACAUCAGUCGCCCAGGAGAUGCAAAGCCAGUCAGAGUAUUUUGAAUUUCCACAGAACAGACUCGUGCCGUAUAACGUUCUUGGCGAAAACAAGAUCAUGUCGUCAAUAUCCUGCAAGGAAUGUUACGAUGCCAUUAUGCUGUCAGAAAGGGGUGGAUUUCUGGAUGAUUCAAUGCAUUAUCUGUCCCUUCACGAUGAUGAACUAUCAUUGUUUUCGGUUGAAGAGAGCAAGGAGUACAUGAUAGAAAGUCCAAGGUACAACUAUUUGCCAGACAUUAAGGAUGAACCAUGGACCCCUUUUGACAUCCGUCAGACCCUAAGAAAGGUGAGGUUUUACAAAAAAUUGCGCUGCAAGUUUGGCCUUUUAGGUUUCAUGAAUCCGAGUCGUGUGACACGUCAUAUGAGGGUUCAUAAUGAUGAGAGACCGUGCGUCUGCGACCAGUGUGGAGAAACAUUUAAGGAGCCCCACCAUCUUUCGAGGCAUAUGCACCUUCACAGUGGCUUAAAACCAUUUAAGUGCCCGAUUUGCGAAGACCGGUAUUUCAUACAGGCUGGUAAUUUGAAGAUCCACAUGAAGACACACGAAAGAGAAAUGGCAGACUCGAAGAUCACAAUUUGUGAUGUUUCACAUGAAGUAUCACUCACAUCCACAAACCAAUCAGCAGAUGAAGAGUUGUCAGGUGCUACUGAAGAAAGUGAGACAGCUAUAGAAGAGUUGCUGAUAUCAUCUGACGGAAAAUGUGAUGCUAAAGAUGGUGAGUCGUCUGAUCCAAAUUCAAAGGAAGCUUCGAUUGAAACGGGAAAGGCUGCUGCAAAUGAAGAUGGAGACUUGAUGCCCAAUCUUGUAAGAACAAAUGAAAAAACAAACGAACCUAAUGAAACUGCGGUGGAAUCUAGUGGAGAGGUUUUAGAUCCAGGGUCAUCAGAAUUGGCACAGAAUUUAGUAGGCAGUCAAAUCGUGUUACAGAUUGUACAAAGUGAAGAUCAAGAUUUCCAAGUACAAGGUUUUCAAGCAUUAACAUCUUUAGAUCCCGAGUUGUUACGGCAGCUGGCAACAUCAGUCGCCCAGGAGAUGCAAAGCCAGUCGUAAAUAAAAGCCAAUUUGUUUAGCGAUAUCGAAACCAAUUCAAGAACGAGAGCAUAGAUGCUUUACGGUAGAUCAGCCUGCUCAAAUAUUGCGCGAAGAAUGUUCACGAUGUUUUUUCUAAUUGAAAAUACGAUAGGUCAAUCAAAUAUAAAAAAGUCUGAUUAAUGCUUCAUGCUUUCGGUUGCAGAGAGUAUUUUGAAUUUCCACAGAACAGACUCGUGCCGUAUAACGUUCUUGGCGAAAACAAGGUUUGAUGUAAGGAUAACAUCACUUGUAGGCCGUGAUAUAGAGAAAGUCCUGUGAGUAGACAACAUUGACUUGAAACAGAGAAUGUGUUUGUGUAUAUAUGGUAUCCCGUGAAAUGAUCUUUCACAUAAAAGAAUUGUUUGAGUUAUGUUAUUUUAUUGCACAGCCUUGA